CGGUUUUUCAUGAAGAUACGAGACCGCAGAGGAGUUUUCUUUGUGAAGGAAGGAAAUCAAAUAUCAAGUAGAGUACAUGUACUUUAUGUAUUUGCAAAUACAUUUAAAUGACAAAAAUAAUGCAACGAAAAUUAAAGUGUCACGUUUGCGACGGAGAUGAUUGCGAUCCUUCCGUUGAUCAGCCUCCGUACAUUUGCGAAGAUGCGUUAUUGUGCUGGAAGUCCACGGUUCGCGAAACAGAUGGGAAAAAAAGAGGUCGUCGAGGGUGUAUCGUGAAUCGUGAUCAAGUGCCGCUUAUAUGUAACAAACAUUUACAAUCGGGCAACGUGACUAACGGCAACAAUCGUAACGGAGGUGGUCAAUUUCAUACGGAAUGUUGCCAAGAGGAAUUGUGCAAUGGCGGGCCUUUUCCAAUUUUACAAGAUCGCACGACUGAUGGGACUGAAAUGAAAAAUGUGAUAAAAGUCACUUUAGCUAUAUUAGGUCCAAUAUUAGGACUAAGCUUUAUUUUUUGCGCGAUAUUCCUAUAUUAUCGUAAUCGAAGAACUCGACGAAACCGUUCUACGACUCCUCGUCGAAGCAAAAAGUUAAUUGAAUCGCGGAUGGAGCCGUCGAUGCUGGCGUUUUCUUCGCCGAUUUCGACUGCAGGUGGUACCAUGAGUUAUUCCCACGAGUUUCGGGCAACAGCAGCUGGUGACAGUACACUCAAGGAGUACUUGGAGGGGCAGAGCUUAACAAGUGGUUCUGGUUCCGGACUGCCAUUGCUAGUCCAGCGCACUUUGGCGAAACAAGUAGCUCUUGCCGAGUGCUUGAGUAAUGGCGGCGGGGGUGUUGGUGGUAGUUUUGGUCGCGAGGUCUGGCGAGGCAUUUGGCACGGUGAGAACGUUGCCGUAAAAAUAUAUUUUUCACGUGACGAGGUUAUGUGGGCCCGAGAAACGGAAGUUUACUCGCAACUUUUACCGUCGCGACACGACAAUAUUCUCGGAUACGUCGGCAGUGAUAUGACAAGCCGUGCAAGUUGUACGCAGCUUUGGCUGGUCACGCAUUAUCAUCCUUUGGGGUCGCUUUACAAUUACCUCAUUCAGCUUCCCCAUCCGUUGAAUCACCAUCAAAUGUUCAACAUCUGCCUGAGUAUCGCCAAUGGAUUAUUGUACCUGCACACGGAGAUCCACGGCACUCGGGGUAAACCGGCGAUGGCGCAUCGCAAUCUCAAGUCCAAGAACAUACUUGUGAAAACGAACGGAGCUUGCGUCAUCGCUGACUUGGCGCACGCGGUCACGCAAGAUAGACUUGGUGCCGAUAAGAUGGACCUCAAACAAGGCUCAAAGCGCUACAUGAGCCCUGAGCUGCUCGAGCAGACUUUCGAUCCCCAAUGUCUCGAGGGUUUUCGGCGCGCCGACAUAUAUAGCUUGGGAUUGGUUUUCUGGGAGGUGUGUCGUAGAUGUAUUAGUAAUGGUGUUGCCUUGGACUAUGCAGCACCGUAUUCCGAGUGGCUUGUAAGUGGCAAUCAGGAGCCAACGUUAGAGGAGAUGCGUAAAUUAGUCGUGGCUGAUCAACGCAGACCACCGAUACCGAACCGCUGGCACUCGGAUCCGACAUUAGCGGGAAUGGGCGCCAUGAUGAAAGAAUGUUGGCACACUAAAGCUGCAGCUCGCCUUCCAAUACUCCGUGUGAAAAAAACACUUGUCAAAUUAGCGUCAAAUAAUCCUGACGUUGACUUACCUUUGGAUUAAGCGACAAUUC